AUGGCAGCAGCCAGGCCUGCCGUCGUCUGGGCCCGGUCUGGGGGGGCAUCCAGCAUCUCUGGUGCUGGUGCUGGUGCUGGUGUUGGUGCUGGUGCUGGAGUCGUCAUGUCUGGCGUUGGCGGGGAGCUUCAGCUGCUGCACAACGACUAUCAGUAUUCUCAGGUACCCGCUGUCUCCGUCUGUCUGCCUGUCAACUGCAAAGCUGACGUCAACGAAUUCCCAAUGCCGCUCCGAAUCUCAAAUGUCGCCCUGUUUUUCGGAGUUGUAUUUGUUUGUGUUGGGAGUGUCGCUCGAAAUAUCGGAGUCCGUCCCUGGCUCUCUUCUGCCAUGGCGGCGUCGGGCGAAAAGCAGGCGCUGUGUCAAUCCGGUGCCGUGUCGAUAUGGACGUGA